GUCUGGCAGGUGCACAUCCAUACAACUUCAAUAUGGGUAGAGUUGAGGUGUUGUACGGCGGCCAAUGGGGGACGGUCUGUAAUCACGGCUGGGACAUUAAUGACGCACGAGUAGUUUGCCGUCAGCUGGGCUACCCGGGUGCAGAUGCAGUGAAAUACAGCGCCCACUUCGGCCAAGGCUCGGGGCCGAUAUGGAUGGUUUAUGUGGGCUGUACCGGCGGAGAGACGAGCAUAUCCCAAUGUAGCCACAACGGAUGGGGCGUUCAUAACUGCGGGCACCAUGAGGAUGUCGGGGUUAUCUGUACAAACAUGUAUAAGUAAGAUUGUGUCUUUUUUCUACAUCUAGACGUCCGUCUCGUGGGCGGAAACGCCGAUGAUAAGGGGAGAGUUGAGGUGUUAUACAACGGCCAAUGGGGAACGAUCUGUGAUGACAACUGGGACAUUAGUGACGCACAAGUAGUUUGCCGUCAGCUGGGCUACCCGGGUGCAGAUGCAGCGAGAGCUAGCGCACACUUCGGCCAAGGCUCGGGGCCGAUAUGGAUGGAUGAUGUGAGCUGUACCGGUGGUGAGACGAGCAUAUCACGAUGUAGCCACGCAGGAUGGGGCGUUCAUAACUGCCAACACAGCGAGGAUGCGGGGGCUGACUGUACAAGCAACGUGCGUCUCGUGGACGGAAGCGACCCUCAUGAGGGAAGAGUUGAGGUGUUAUACAACGGCCAAUGGGGAACGAUCUGUGAUGACGACUGGGACUUUAAUGACGCACGAGUAGUUUGCCGUGAGCUGGGCUACCCGGAUGCAGAUGCAGCGAGAGGUAGCGCCCCCUUCGGCGAAGGCUCGGGGCCGAUAUGGAUUGAUGGGGUGAGCUGUACCGGCAGUGAGACGGUCAUAUCACAUUGUAGCCACCACGGAUGGGGCGUUCAUAACUGCGGACACAGCGAGGAUGCCGGGGUUGAGUGUACAAACUACGUCCGUCUUGUAGGCGGAAGCUACUACCACGAGGGUAGAGUUGAGGUGUUGCACAACGGCCAAUGGGGAACGAUCUGUGAUGACGCCUGGGACAUUAAUGACGCACGAGUAGUUUGCCGUCAGCUGGGCUUCCCGGGUGCAGAUGCAGCGAAAAGUAGCGCCCACUUCGGCCAAGGCUCGGGGCCGAUAUGGAUGGAUGAUGUGGGCUGUACCGGCGGAGAGACGAUGAUGGGGCAGUGUAGCCACAACGGAUGGGGCAGCCAUAACUGCGGGCACCAUGAGGAUGCCGGAGCUGUCUGUUCAAAGAACGUCCGUAUCGUAGGCGGAGGCGCCGCUCAUCAGGGGAGAGUUGAGGUGUUUCACGACGGCCAAUGGGGAACGAUCUGUGAUGACGACUGGGACAUUAAUGACGCAAUAGUAGUUUGCCGUCAGCUGGGCUACCAGCAUGCAGCUGCAGCGAAACGUUACGCCCACUUCGGCCAAGGCUCGGGGCCGAUAUGGAUGGAUAAUGUGGGCUGCCACUGGUAUCAGGACAGCGUAUCCCUAUGUGGCCACAACGGAUGGGGCAGCCAUAACUGCGGACACAGUGAGGAUGCUGGGGUUAUCUGUAGUAUGACAAGUUGCCAGGAUGGAAACGGAGAAAGCUACCGAGGAACAGUCUCUCGGACCGAAUCAGGCCACGAGUGUCAGCGUUGGGACAGUCAGUUCCCCCACCCCACAGCAACUCACCAAGUGAUCGCCCAGACUCCGGACUGGACUCGAACUACUGCCGGAAUCCGGACGGCGAGCCAAGAGUUUGGUGCUACAGCGUGUUUCUCUUCGAGAGAUGGGGGUACUGUGACGUACCAGCCUGUUAGUUUGGAUUCUGUAACCUUCGAUAAGAGCUGAUGUUUAGAACUUGUAACUUCUGUGUUAAUGAUUUAAUCUAUCCCUACUAUACUACUACUGCUCCUCGGCAUUUCACAGUUUUCAUACACACCAAUUGAUAACGCUUGAUCACUAGUUGACGAUACCUUAUACAUGAUGAUGAUGUCCUUAAACUGGACAUAACCAAGCAUGUUGGAAUAGGUUAGCAGGGGUCCGGCAUGCAUGCUUAGCUUACCAUGUUGGGCACAUUAGAUGGAUGGGAUUAAUCAUGACAAUAAGUAUUCCUCUAUAGCACAAUCAGCACCGCCACAGCCUGUGUGUUGACGUCACUAUCUGUUGUACAAACGAAUUCCGGUAUUUGUACUUUGCUGUACGUUUCCGGGAAGAAUGUGUUUGCGUGUUUUGUGUGGAAUCACAUUAAAACUAUC